UAUAUAUAGGUAUGAGGUGUGUGUAGUUGGCUUUUUGUACUGUCAUUGAGAUAUUUAUGUUGUAUUUUUAUACACAAUAAUUGAACAUUGUUGCUUAUACUUUAUCGUGUUUAUUUUAGAAUUGUGGAAGAUGUUAUUCAUACCCACUGUGUCAUGAAUGUGAUUGGUAGUCGGUUGCCAUGAGCCCCACCCAUUUUUGUCAACAACAAACUAAUACAUUUGUAUACUAAAUUACGAUAAUUAUGGCUUCCCCAGAGAUCACAGUCAAGCUCCCCUCUAUUGAGAGUUCAAAGGUCACGGCUAAACAGGCUGGCAAAGAUGAAGGACAGAAAGUGCCAGACAGUCGCAAGUUAACUCGAGCAACAGCCUUCAUAUCACGGCUUCAAUUAGGCUCAUUGCAACGUCAGAAGAGACCUGGUGAUAUAUGGGGGGGAGGGGUUUCACGACAGCCACGCCCACUAGGACUUAUUCCUGAUCGCCACAGCAAGUUUGACCUCCUUAAAGAAUUGAGACGUUUCCUCCCACCCCUCACCACGUACACUGCACCCCCUCCCCAUCCUAGUGAUGAAAGGGUUAAACAACACCAGCCUUCGUCUCUCACUCAAUCAAAAGUAGAGCUUAUAUCAGCUGACGUACAGAAGAGGGUUGAAGGUGUUGACUACCCCCAGGCCUACCCCUCUGAGGCUCCACCCCCUACUAGCUUGUUGAACCCUGACCCCCCUGUACCCUACCGCUAUUCUCAGGGAGUGCCUCGUGAUGACAUGGAUCAAGACUAUCUCGAUGCAUUGGCCACCUAUGAUCUCCACAACUACUACACUGUACCUAAGCCACACCCCCUUCACACCUCUGAGGAGACGUGGCCACACCCACUUUACACCUCCGGGGAUACAUGGUCCGGUCCAAUCCAAAGUAAAGGAUCAACCAAGCUCGGAAGAGUGCGGAGUGUGUCCAGUGGUCCACAGUUCCUGAGCUUCUCAGAGCAGUCUCUGUUAUGGAAUCGAUGUCUGAGUGAUGAUCGUCGUGUUCCCCUCCCUGGAGAGCCGUGUGCUCGCUGCCUAGAGAGAGGUGGGCGGUGUCAGCGAUGCAAAGCACUGAGAGUGGGAGGAGGCUACCUCAUACUAGAUGGUGACACACUGCCUGAUGAUGUACUCAGGAAAAGACUUGGGAAACGUUAUUCAUAUGGUGCUGGCAAACGCUGGUCAGGUGACCCGAGGGAAAGGGGCAGGGCUAGAAGAGGGAGGGGGAGGAGUAAUGAUAAUGGGAGUGGCUCCAGACUGAGUGUAGGUGGUGAGGAUGGUGAUGGGAGGAGUGGGAGUGGUGUGGGCGGACAUACUGAUGGACGUUACAGUGGACCCGGCAGUGGUGGUGGUGGUGGUGGUGGUGGUAGUCAUGGUGAUGGUAGACUAGCGAGCAGAUCUGGAAGAGAGCACGUGAUUAAUGGUGGUGGUGAUAGGACUGCUAGUGACAAUGGACAUGGUACAUCUCGUACUCAUGGAGACCACUCGGAUGAUGGAAGGGGUGGUGGAGGGGGCGGUGUGUCUAGUGAUGGAGGAGGUGGUGUGCAGAGGAGCGAGGCUGGAGGGGGUGGGAAUGGUGAUGAGGGGGAUGAGUCAGGCAGGACCAGUAGUCGUGGGAUCACAGGAAGUGUGACCUCACGACCCAGCUCCACCCCACGACCAGCCUCUUCUCUGCGGAGAGGGGGAGGUCUGGACCGCAAGACAAGAAACAAGAGGAGCUCUGAUAUUCAGGGUGACCAUGGAAGGGGGCGUGGCCAAGGGAGAGGCAGCGGGGAGGACGAUAGUGGCACCGAGAGCAGUGAUAAUGAGAAGAAAGGCAGGAGACGAAGAAAGAAGGUUAAAGCAGACGGAGAGAGUGGUGAUGAGAAUGACGAUGAUUUGGAACGGACUAAAAUUAAAUUUAAGAGUACACGCGAUGAGGGAGACGAAAGACCUCCAUCUGCUUACCGUGGCAACCUCAUGAGGUUCAAACGUAAGAAGAAGGAUGAUGUGAAGGCCCUGCAUGCCACACUACAGCAGCUGCAGGGAAUAGAUCCACUCGAUUAUCUCGCUAAGUAUUGUAUUAUCGACCAAACCAAGCUCCCCCAUUAUCAGCGUUGCUAUGACAAUGUGGAUCGUGACGAGGAUGACGAGAUUAAUCUAGGAGAGUUGGACUUUGCACUCAAGGCUGUUAACUAUGACCUCAUCUCAGACUCUGAAAUGAGCUAUGUUCAUUCUGUUCUGGAACUGGCUGGGAGGCACAAGCUCAACUUUCGCUUGUUCUCUCUCAUUGCUGCCCUCUCUGAGAAAGUGGUGGCCCUAGAGGACAUGGUGAAGAGGCUCAUCAACAAGAUGGACUUUGAUGCCCUUGAAGUCAAAAUAAAGAAAUGCAAGGAGUUGUUCUACUUGCUGGCUGACGCUGAGACCCAGGAGCAUGAAGGGGGCGUGGUCACUACAGGAAGCCUAUCAGUGGAGUUACAGGCCGGGGGACUGACUGGGGAACAUGUGGACUUUGUGGUGGACCGACUCAACCACGAGAACAGAGGCUUAGUGGAGUUCCUUGACUACCUAACCUACGUCCCCCUCUUUGUAGAGAUUCAUGACUCUAUUUCUGGGAACCCUUUAGAUUUUUCAAGAACAAAAUGAAAACUUUUUUUGUCAAUUAAUCUUUGAUGAUGUAGAACAAGGGAGACAAUAAUUUAUAA